AUGCAGUCUGUUUUGCACUCAAGUCGUAUUUUACCACAAUUAUCAUAUCGUAUUCUUUGCAAUUCGAUUCGAUUGCAAUCAAGUUCAUCGAUUUUAGCUACACUCAAAGCAGAACAUGAACAGAUAAAUGCAGCUUAUAAAAACUAUGUUGCAGCAGAAGGUAAUAUAGGUGAACAACAACGUUGGGCUAAUGAAUUUCGAUGGGAACUAGCUCGACAUGCUGUUGGUGAAGAACUUGUUAUUUAUCCAGCUUUUGAAAAAAGAUUAGGUGCUGAAGGAAAACGAAUGGCUGAUAAAGAUCGAGCUCAACAUCAAGAAGUUAAAAAUCUUUUACAUUUACUUGAAACAUCAUCCGUAACUGAUGAUUUUUACCGUUCAUCAUUUGAUAAAUUGAUGAAAAAUUUGAAUGACCAUAUUAAAGAGGAAGAAGAACAAGAUCUUCCUAAAUUCGAAAAAGCUAUUUCGCGUGAUGAAAGUGCUUCAUAUGCUCGAUCAUUUGAACGAACAAAAUGGUUUUCUCCAACUCGAGCACAUCCAAAUGCACCAAACAAACCACCUUUUGAAACUGUUGCUGGUCUUUUAGCUGCGCCAUUAGAUAAACUUCGAGAUUUAUUCGAAAAAUUUCCCCAAACAAAAUGA